CAAUGUCUACCUAGCAACGUUUACAUUGGAGAGUUCAAUAAAUUAUUUCAUGGUUGGUGAGUGAAGAUCGUCAUUUGGGAAAGAAGUAGGCAUUCAAGAUGUACAAACUCGAUCUGCCUGUCGAUUACAAAGAGGCGGCUGCCAUUGAGCGCCGCCGGAAAAUGGAGGAGGAGCGUCAAAGUAGAAUUUUUAAUUCAAAAGUCAGAACAAUCGGGAUUGAUAAUCAAGCCAUUGAACAACAAAUUGCUGAUAGAAAACAACAAGAAGAGUAUGAAAGGAGAAGGGAAGAGGCUUUUGCGGCCGAUGCAGUACGUAAUGAUUUGAUUGGUUUGUUACUGGAGAAACGACAAAAUGAAGAUAUGCGAGAAUUGGACAGAGCAGAAAUAGAAUUCCGAGCUCUUCAUCAGCAUCCAUCUAGCAGACGUGAGUUUGAUCUUUACGAUCCCGAAGGUUUGAAAAAAGACAAACCAGCGCGCGUUCAUGAUGACGAUCCAAGAUGUGGAAUAUCGAGUUUACAGAAAUUCGAGGGAGAAGACUUGAACAAUCCAGCCCGAUUAAAAUUACAACAAGAACAGAAAAAGAAUUGGUUAGAACAACAGAAACUUGAGAAAGAACUCGCUGAAAGAAACCAAAAAGCUGCCGAUAGACUGUACGAAUUGAAACAAAAGGAAUUAGACAUGCGAGCACUUGAUUUACAAGAUGCUGAAGAAAAUUGCAGACGUGCUAUCAACAUGGCUACCAGUGAUUAUAACAAAGCUUUGGAUAAUGAACAGAAGGAGAAAGACAGAUUAAAAAGACAACAAGAUGAAGAUGAUAAUGCUACAGAAAUCGCUAAUCAUGUAUUCGGUGAUAUCUUAACAGAGAACCCCUCCGUGGCCCAGUCGGCAUUCGGUUCCCAUCGUGUUAUUUCUGAUAGGUGGAAGGGCAUGAGUCCUGAACAAAUAGCAGACAUAAAAAAACAACAGGAAAUACAACGCAAAGAGAAAGAGCGUCUUGAAGAUGAGAAGCGAAGAAAAGAUGAGGAAUGGGAUAAACAGCGUGUAGCAAACGCUCGGGCAGCGUUAUUACUGGAACGAGAAGCUGAACGUAAACGCCAAGAAAUCAACAGACAAUUAGCAGAUGAAAACAGGCGUUUAAGUCAGGAACAGACAGCUCAUAAAGAUUUCUUAUAUAAAGAGGUUUACACCAACCCCCCUACAGCUGCUUAUUUCAUGCAAUGGAACAAAACCAGCCGUUAAGCCUAUAUCUUGUCUAAAACCCUGUUUAUAUGCAAUCUAUAUUGCCUCGACGGUUAAUACCCGAUUGUUAAAGGUACCCAAUUAUACUACCCACCAAAUGGGUAACGAUACCAAGUGAUAAAUUUAGAUUUAAGAACUCAAAAGGGUACAUACCCUAGGGGUAAUAGAAUGCAAAUAAAUACAAAUUUACUUUUCAACUAAACAAUUUGUUUGAGUCAUUAGAAGUAACAAAGGACAAGGUUCAAAUGGAACAGAAGAUCUAAGUUUCUAAAAUACAUGUUCAAUUCUUUUGAAAUCAAAAUUUCAAUUCGGAAUAUUUUAAUUAAUUUCAUGCUUAUUAUCUUUUUAAUCAUCAGCAUUUUUAAUCACCAAAGUUUUUAAUGAGAUGAUCAUAUAUAUGGACAGUAAGGUCACCAAACACCUUUUAGAAUUAUUUGAAAAUUUAUUGAUUUUAAUUUGUAAUUUUAUGUCCACUGAAACAGAAUUUCACUUUCAAGAGAUGUAAUUUCCUAAAAUAAGUUCGCCUUUGGGAUAUCACAGUUUUAACAGUGAGCAUUGGAGGGAAACAUUAAUUUUGGAAAGGGAAAUACAUAUAUGGGGAAGAGUGCUUUUAUAGGGGAGAUCGGGAAAGGGGAAAAAUAGUGGAAAUGGGGGAAAAUGUAAGGGUGAUAUUAAGUUAUAAUUCAGGGGAAGUAAUGUCGAAGAAUAAUUUGAAAUGGGGAAAAUUUUAUGAUAGGGGAGAUAAAUCUUGUUUUAUUGUAAAUAUUAUUAUACUCUAGUAUUUAUUAUUAUACACCUGUGAAAAAAAUAUAUGAAAAAUGAAUGUCUUGACUUUUU